AAAUAUCUCUCCAAAUGCGCACAAGAGUCCCAGGACCUGUGUCUUUUAUUUACCUAAAUCAGAAUAUACUGUUACCCCUCAAAACUGCCAGAUUAACCCACAUAAACCAUCGUCUGCACGGCUGACAUGAUAUGAAGACAGUCAUCAAACAAGCCCUUUUGCUGUGAUCAGAGCAAACAAUGAGGGACAGUCCAAGAAGACCCAUCAUCCUGAAGAGGAGGAAACUGCCAUUUCAGAAGAGUGAAUCUGAUGCUGGGUGCGAUGAGGCGGACGGGCCACGCUGCAAGGCCAAACCGACCCCUUCCACCGCCCGGUGCUUCCCUGAUGGCAUCCGCAUCAUGGACCACCCCACCAUGCCCGACACACAGGUGGUGGUGAUACCGAAGGCCGCUGAUCUUCAGAGUGUCAUCAGUGCCCUGACGACCAAAGGGAAGGAGUGUGGCCCUCAGGGGCGCAACAAGUUUAUCCUGCUUAGUGGCAGCACCAGUUUGGAUGAGGAAGGUAAAACUCUUGGGCAUGUUUCUACGGAAACCAGGGCAGAUUCUGGGAAAGGUGGUCUGACUCUAACAGGAACACAGGGAGGUGUGACAUCAGAGGGCACUAUGGAAGCUAAGUCCACUUUAAAAACUCUAAAAAAGGAGACGCAGUGCUGCCCACUUGAUGACAGUCUGACAAACAUCCAGUGGCUGGGAAAAAUGAGCAGCGAUGGGCUUGGAUCAGAACCGGACCAGAAAUGCCCCAGCAAGAACAAUCCAAGCAGCUGCCAUCAGCUUCAACAGCUACCCAGAAUACCAGAGGAGGUGAAAGACCCUCAGUCCGAGCGACCCCCAUAUUCCUACAUGGCCAUGAUCCAGUUUGCUAUUAACAGCAAGAAAAACAGGCAGAUGACCCUGAAGGAAAUUUACAAUUGGAUUGAAGACCAUUUCCCAUACUUCAGAAACGUUGCAAAACCUGGGUGGAAGAAUUCUAUUCGUCACAAUCUGUCGUUGCAUGACAUGUUUGUCCGUGAGACGUCUCCUGAUGGCAAGAUCUCCUACUGGACAAUUCGUCCAGAAGCAAACCGCUGUCUCACUCUGGACCAGGUGUAUAAGCCUUUGGCUGACCCUGUGACUUGCGUUCAGACCACACAAGUUGUUUUCCAACAACAACAGAAGAAAGUUACAGCAGAGCCGAAGAAAGUGAUGCCCGCACAUGGCACAGAGAGGAAAAUGAAGCCUCUUCUGCCUCGGACUGACUCGUACUUGGUUCCCAUCCAGCUUCCUCUGACUCCAUCGCUCUUUCUGCCCACCUCCAGCCCCGUCUCUCUCGCCACCCCUCCACAACCUCUAAGUUCUUCCACUCCAAGCUCUGGCGGCGGAGGCAAGAGAGUCCGGAUUGCCCCUAAGGUCUCACAAAACGACAUGAACUCAGUGAUGCUGUGUACACCUGCCACUCAGGAGCUGAAGGAAGAGCCUGUGUGUGUACCAGUUACUCCUGAAGUGUCUGUAGCCCCGCCCCCUAAAACUAGGCAGCGAGAGAACAGCAGCUCUCGCCGCAAACAACGUCUGGUCCUUCCAGCCACCGAGGAACCCGUCCUGCUGUACCCCGACAGCACUCUCUUUGACUCAGGCGUGGUCUCCGACGUCUCCGCUUUCCAGGACACACGAGAGGCGGAGCCUGACCCAGAACCUCAGCCCAUCCCUAAACUCGAACCUGAUAGCCCCUAUAGAGAGUACACUUUCAAAACCCCCAUAAAGAGCAGCCACCCAUCCUCUUCGACACCUAGCAAGCUGCCCGCAGCUCUGGAGCCCUGGAGGAUCACUCCUGUUGGAAAAGGUGGUGUGCUGGACUUCAGCCCCAUCCGUACACCCAGCGGGCCACAGCUCACUCCACAACGACAUGAACACACUCCAUUUAGUUUCAACGGCACACCUUUUAAGGAGUUACCUCUUUUCAACUCACCCCGAGAGCUACUCACCAACGCCCGCCCCUCGCCGAGACGUUCCACCCCGACCUGCUCCAGAGAGCUGCAGGUAGGGGCUGCCAACCGCUCUCUGACCGAAGGGCUUGUCCUAGACACAUUGAAUGACAGCCUGAGUAAAAUCCUGGUGGAUAUCAGCUUUUCCGGGCUGGAGGAUGAUGAUCUCGGAAUGGGUAAUAUUAGUUGGUCCCAAUUUAUCCCCGACCUGAAAUAACUGAAUUCCCGUAGCGUAUUUGAUCUUUUAUCCAAGCUGCUCACACUUCCUCCACUGCCUCUGCUUCUUAUUUACUUAUGCUUGAUCUUACUGUACAUAUUUUUCCUUCUAUUUGACUAUAAUUUUCUUCAUUUCUCUGCUGACAAAUGUUGCUAUUUCACUGCCUAUUACUUUAGGCCAAUAUUUGCUUUAUUUGAGGUGUGCAACCAAAACUGUUGUUGACGAAUGUACUUAGAUAUAAAUAAUUUGCACGUUGUAAUAUAUAAUAAAUAUAUAUAUAUAUAUAUAUAUACACCGAUCAGCCGCAACAUUACAACCACCUGCCUAAUAUUGUGUAGGU